AUGGAAUUGACAAGAACCGGUUGUGCGGUUAUUUAUGUCAUCCUCCUUUGUGCUUUGGCUCAAGGGGGCUCAGAGGGGAAGGAAGAUGAGCUUUGUAUAGAAGAUUCUUCUUUUUUAUCUUUCAUUCAUAUUCAUAUUUAUGGAAAACAGGAAGAGAAUGUGUGGAAACGUUGCAGGAAAGAAUUGAUAGAGGGGAACAAUGAUGUGGAAAGAAGCAGUGACAAGCUUUAUUCUUCAAGAUACUUGCUAACCAAACAUUCUAGUAACGAUCAUCAUCGCCAUCGUCGUCAUCAUGGAACAAAUUCAAUUGCUGAGUCACCACAAGAUUAUUUAUCAAAUAUAUCACCAAUGUCACCGAGUCCGAGUGCUAAUAGUCCAUCCCCUAGGCAUUCAUUGGUAUCACCAAUUCAUCUAUCAACACCGGCAAGUUCUUCAUCACCAUCGCCUACUCCUGCUCCGAGUACUCAUCCACCAACACCAGCAAGUUCUUCAUCACCAUCACCAUCACCUACUCCUGUUCCGAGUACUGGAGUUGAGUUUUUACCACUCACUCCAGAUAAGUCUGGGCCGCCUCCAUCGCCACCGCAUCAAUCGGUUAAUCCUUUUCAAAUUUUUACACCUAUAACAAGUGUUCCAACUCCUUCACCUUCUUUUAACAAUCAACACAGAAGCAAGGAAGCAAUUAUUUUGGCUGCAUGUAUAUCAGGAAUCAUAAUCUUGAUAGCAUUUGCGCUUUGUUAUCGCGAGGCUAAAAGUAGUAAAGUUAAAAAAGAUGACGGGCCUUUGCUCGUAUUAACCUCAAAUGAUUAUUCUGGAGGUCCACAGAAGGUUGUCCAUUCGGGAAAUGCGAAUACAGAAGAAUCUGGUGUUAUUAUUAACAAAGGAAAGAAUCCAGCUAAUGUUGGAAAUUCGUCCAUGAAGGCCGGGGAUAAUAACAAUAUAUCACUAGUUGAAACAAUAACAGCAUCAGAAAAAAUGGGAGAACAAAUAGCAGGAACUUCUUCCGGAAAACCUGCCCCUCCACCCCCUGGUCCGCCGCCAGUUCCUCCUCCACGACCACCUCCUCUUGCGCCUCGUCCUCCACCGCCGCCAAAAGGCGGUCAUCCGCCACCUGCUCCUCCCAAGCCAAUGGCUGGUAAAAACCAAGUUAAGCCUCAUGGACCACUAAAUCAAGGAAGUUCUGAUGAAGGUGGUGAUGCUCCAAAGCCUAAACUAAAGCCAUUUUUCUGGGACAAGGUUAAUGCAAAACCUGAUCAAACAAUGGUGUGGCAUGAGAUCAAUGCAGGGUCAUUUGUGUUCAAUGAGGAAAUGAUGGAGUCUUUAUUUGGCACCAACCAGAACAAAAAUGAACGUAGAAAAGAUUCACCUUCUGUAGAUAAUGCUGUACAUUUUAUUCAGAUUAUUGACCCAAAGAAAGCACAGAAUUUAUCAAUUCUUUUGCGUGCUCUGAAUGUGACAACAGCAGAAGUUGUUGAUGCACUUAAAGAAGGUAACGAGAUCCCUGCGGAGCUUAUCCAAACGUUGUUGAAGAUGGCACCGACACAAGAAGAGGAACUGAAACUGAGGUUAUUCUCUGGAGAACUAUCUCAACUAGGCCCAGCAGAGAGGUUUCUCAAAGUAUUGGUUGACAUUCCAUUCGCUUUCAAACGUCUUGAAUCUCUCAUGUUCAUGUUUAUUCUUCGAGAAGAGGCCUCGAGCAUCAGGGAAUCCUUCGCAACAUUAGAGGUUGCUUGUGAAGAACUGAGAAAAAGCAGGUUGUUCUUAAAACUACUUGAAGCAGUACUCAAAACCGGCAACCGCAUGAACGAUGGAACCUACCGUGGAGGCGCUCAAGCAUUCAGACUCGACACCCUUUUAAAACUUUCCGACGUAAAAGGAACAGAUGGAAAGACAACGCUGUUACACUUCGUGGUUCAAGAAAUUAUACGUUCAGAAGGAAUAAGAGCAGUGAGAACCGAAAGAGCAAGCAAAAGCGUUUCAAGCGUAGGAACAGUGGAUGUCGAUUAUGAAAACGAAGAUUCAGAAGAUCACUAUCGUAGCCUUGGACUUCAAGUAGUUUCAAGCUUAAGCAAUGAACUUGAAGAUGUUAAAAAAGCAGCAUUAAUAGACGGUGAUGCAUUGACUAGCGCGGUUUCAAAACUUGGUCACUCGUUGAUUAAGACUCAGGAGUUUUUGAACACUGAUCUUAAGAAUUUGGAAGAAGACAGUGAGUUUCAAAGUUGUGUAGAAAAGUUUAUGGAACAUGCGAAAGGUGAGGUGACAUGGCUUGUUGAGGAAGAAAAGAAGAUCAUGUUGUUGGUUAAGAGUACGGCGGAUUAUUUUCACGGGAAUGCAGGGAAAGAUGAAGGGUUGCGUUUGUUUUUGGUUGUGCGUGACUUCUUGAUAAUAUUGGAUAAGGUUUGUAAAGAGGUUAAAGAAGCUGCAUUGAAGUCUAUGAAAGGUUCUUGGAAGAAAGAGGCUCCGUCAGUGGCAGUGCCAUCUUCUCCGGAUACACGUCAUCAUCCAGAGUCACCACAGCCGCCGCCGCCACCAUCUGAUCUACAUAGGCGAUUGUUUCCGGCUAUUGCGGGGCGGAGAGUAGAUUAUUCUAGCUCUGAUGAUGAUGAGGAGGAUAACUUUUAG